CUGAGCUUAGUUCCUAGUUUGUCAAGUUCCAUUGUUAUGCUCAAUGUUUGCCGAGACAUCGCCUACUGGAUGAACCGGCUUAUCGCAAGCUCCAAAUUCCCCCCUUUCUGCAAGGCAAUACGACAGAUGCAAGUCAAAUACGUUCGGUUCACACAAUUCCACAUAUCGUAUUAUUUUUAUAUAGGAAUGCAAAAAUUCAGGCUGCUUUCGCAGCGGUAUUUUGCGAUUAGUUUUUUGCAGAUAUAAAGACGGUUAUAUAUAUAUAUGUAUACAUAGCUUUUUUUCAGUAACACAUUUGUAAUUACGUUAGAUUACACGUACAUAUAUAUAUUAAGAUAUUAUAAGACAUUUCUGUAAUAUAAACUAAGAAUUAAAAAAGUUGUUGAUUAUUUAUCUAAUAAAAUGGUUUCAUUGCCAAAGAAUGUUACGAUCUUGAUAUUAUCGUGGCAUUAUCGUGGUAUUAUCGUGGCUGUGGAAACGAACAUUGUGAAUAUGUGCAGACCAACCGACUUGUAAAUUGUGUAAAGCAGAUAUAAACAUUAUCAGCGAGUGGAAAAUAGUAUAUCACUUCGAAGUAUACCCUGUAUAUACACACAUAUAUAUAUAUAUAUAUAUAUAUGCGAAUGCUUAUUGCGCUUAUUUGUUAUUUUUCGUUAUAUAAUUCUUCCUGCGUUAUCGAUAUUGUUCGUAAGCAUCAUCAUGUGUAAGAAUUGUGUUACUUCAAUCGAUAUUGUGUCAAUCAUUACGCUGACAUUUAUUUACGCACCUUAUAUUCGUGUACUUGUGUCUUUCACGCGCGGGAGAUACUUUCGGCGAUGAACGUUUAUGUUAUUUAUCGGUUCCCCAGGGGACAAAACCAGUUUGGAAGAGAUUGGCCAGCAAGAACGUCGUUCGUUAGUUUUCGCGUGGGAUAGUUUAACAAGGAGGAUGAAAUUGUUCGACAUUGUACAAUACGCGUAUAUGCGCAUAUCUGAUCGAGAUAUAUUUGAUCUGUUAUCUUCGCUAUGGAAACGAAGAUGGGCACGUAACAAGCCCGAAGUGACAUUGGCGUCAACAAUGCAGUAGUUUCUCCCGAAUUCUCAAGGUUUUUCGGCUCAAUCGCGUGAAAUUUUGCCCCGCCGUCUCUUAUGCAGUUCAAAACGAAGCUGUGGUGAAAGCAAGCAAAAUAAGGAGAGAUAACAAUUCGGCGUCCCGACGUACAGAGUCGACAACGAAGCGGACGAUAAUUUCAGAAUGCUCAAGAAGAAGAAGCGCGGGACCGAGAAAGUGCGGAAGAAAUGUUUAAACGAGAGGGAAACGAUAUCUUACGAACAGCAGAUCCAGGACUGCAACAGGCAGUUGUCACGGUUACGCAGUCGGAACGAGGAACUGGAGAACGAAGUGAAGGCCAUAGCAAAGAAAUUUGACCAGCUGAAGGAAGACCGAUCCGACGUCGUGGCACACUUGAAGCGCAACUUGGAGGAGAGGACAGAAGAGGCGCGAGAGUUGAACGAACGUCUGUCGGCUUUGGAAGAAUUGAGGAAACAGGAGCAAGAGGAAUUCAAAGAGAAGGAAAACGCGAUGAGGCUCGAGUAUCGCACCAUGGAAAAUACCUUAAGCGCCGAAGUAAAACUUGCCGCUGGCAAGCUGAACGCGUUGGAAGACUGGAGAUUAGCUCGCUUGGAUCUGAUGAAUAAAUUCGAAACGCAGGAAGAACGAAUCGCGAAACAAGAGGAAACGCACAAAACGGCACUCUACGAGAGUGAGAAAUCUGUUACCAUCACGAAGGCUAAGAUGCAAAAAGAGAUGGAGGAGCGGCUGAGGCAGCUCGCGCAGGAUUUCAAGAAAGCGACGGACAUCCGCGUAGCGGACAUGAUGCACAACGCGGUGAGGCGGAACAUCGCGCUGAAUCGCGAGCUGAACACGAUGAUAAGGACCUGCCAGGAGCUGGAGACGCAGAGCGCGGAAUGCCGGAGCAACGAUCGCAUGCUCCGAUUGCAGUGCGAACUGUUCGAGGCGGAGGCGAGGAUCGCGCUGGGCGACGCUAUGAGGCAGAAGCGCGCCAUGCACGAGCUCGCGCGCGAGCACAUAGACCUGUUCUUCGAGUACGGACAGCUACACCGAGAGAACGCACGCUUCAGUAAUUACCAGCGGCUGAUGAACGAGUACAAGGCGGUAUGCGCGACGUCGGAGAGGAAGGUGAAGGAUCUCGAGCUGCGUCUGCAGGAGGUGAAGGAGGCCCGGGAACACGUCCUGGCGGAGGUGCGGGAGAAAUGCGCGGAGUUCGACCGGCUGAACGUCACCCUGAACGAGGCGAAACAAUGCGUGCUGCAGGCGUUACAGCUGCAGAAACAGGACGUGUGUACGAGUGACGUAUGUACGAGUGACGUCUGCACCUCGUGUUGUGCCGACCAAAAACAAAAGAUUAUCCAUUCGCUGCAAGAUAUACUGGAAAAAAGCAGUAUUUCCGAUAUCGAAUACGAUGACUCGCAGGAGGACGUGGACGUAGAGUAACAACGGAACUUGAUCUUGUCAAGAUGCGUGAAGAGAGAGCCCCCCUCCCCGCCCCUUCC